GUUUCCUGAGAGAGAGAAAGAGAGAGAGGGGACUCUUGGGUUUAUGGUGUCGCAGAAUGCAUUGACUGGACGGUGCGACCACUGCCACGAUGUUUGGGCGAUCGAAGAGCUGGGUCAGUGCCUCUGGGCGCUCCAGCUCCAGCCUUCACUCACUGGAGCGAUUGAAAUACAUGUAUCAUGUUUUAACGAAGAACACGACUGUCACAGAUCUUAAUCGCAAUUUGUUAGUGGAAACAAUUCGUUCCAUCACAGAGAUACUUAUCUGGGGAGACCAGAAUGACAGCUCUGUGUUUGAUUUCUUUCUGGAGAAGAACAUGUUUGUCUUCUUCUUGAACAUUCUGCGACAGAAGUCAGGACGUUAUGUUUGUGGGCAACUUCUUCAAACGUUGAACAUGCUGUUUGAAAAUAUAAACCAUGAAACCUCUUUAUAUUAUUUGUUGUCCAAUAACCAUGUUAACUCCAUCAUUGUGCACAAGUUUGACUUCUCUGAUGAAGAGAUAAUGGGCUAUUACAUAUGCUUUCUGAAGACACUUUCAGUCAAACUCAACAGUCAUACAGUCCAUUUCUUUUACAACGAGCACACCAACGAUUUUGCUCUUUACACUGAAGCCAUUAAAUUCUUCAACCAUCCUGAGCAUAUGGUGAGAGUAGCAGUGAGAAACAUCACUUUGAAUAUAUACAAAGUGGCUCUCCUCCUGAACAACCAGUUAAACGUUCUCAAUGAAAGUAGGAGCCAGACCAAUUGUGUUCACAACCAGCCGAUGUUGCACUAUAUAAGAGAUAAAACAGCAGUACCGUAUUUUUCCAAUCUAGUUUGGUUCAUAGGAAUUCACGUCAUUGAACUUGAUAAGUGCGUUCAAACUGAUGAAGAACACAAAAACAGAGGAAGUCUAAGCAACUUAGUAUCACAACAUCUGGACCAUCUGAACUAUCUUAACGACAUUCUAAUAAUCAACUGUGAAUAUCUUAAUGAUGUCCUCACUGACCACCUGCUUAAUAGAUUGCUGCUUCCUCUUUAUGUCUAUUCAUUGGUAGAUAAGGAUCAGACAGGAGACCGACCUAGAAUAAGUCCUCAAGUGUCACUCUAUCUGUUGUCCCAGGUAUUUUUAGCAGUACAUUAUGAACCUUUGGUCAACUCUUUAGCUGAUGUUAUUUUGAAUGGAGAUCUCUCGAUGUUCAUAACUAAAGCAGGAAAUGAUGUUCCGAAAAGUUCUGGGGAUCCGAGUAUCCGUUGUUUUAUAAAGCCACAAGAAAGUUUGGAAAAAUCCCUUGAGAUUAACAGGCAAAGAGGGAGAAAAAAAAUCCAAAAGAGACCCAACUACAAGAAUGUGGGAGAAGAAGGGGAGGAGGACAAACCAGCAGAAGAUGGUACGGAAGGAACAGAAGAUCCAGAUAAAGCAAAAACUACAGAGAUUAGUUCAAAAGGUGCCAAGACAACUGUUGAUUCGGAGGAAAUUGAGAUGGUCAUCAUGGAGAGUUCAAAAGUAAAAGAAAAGUCCACACCUUGUGUAACUGAAGAAAACACAACAGAUGAAGAAAAAAGUGCAGCUGCUGCUGAAACUCAAGCAAGUCAGUACAGGCCAUUUUUGGACAUGGUUUACAGUACACUUGAAUGCACAGAAGAGGAUUAUUACACUCUUUUUGUCUUGUGUCUCCUUUAUGCAAUGUCUCAUAACACAGGAAUAGAUUCAGCCAAGUUGGAGAAAAUCCAUUUGUCGUUACAUCCUGCAAAAGAAAACCACAGCUAUAACCAUGUGCUUGUGGAAAGACUCAUCAGGAUAAUGAGCCAGGCAGCACAAAUGGAUGGUAAAGUUCGAUUGGCAACCUUAGAACUUGCCUGUCUCCUGCUCAAGCAGCUGGUGUUAUUUGACAGUGGUUGUAUCAUUAAAGAUAUCCAUCUUGCUUGUUUGGAGGGUGCAAGAGAAGAAAGUGUUCACCUGCUGCGCCACUUCUACAAGGGAGAAGAAAUCUUUUUGGACAUGUUUGAGGAUGAAUACAGAAGUAUGAUGAACAAACCUCUGAAUGUAGAAUACUUGAUGAUGGAUGAAUCCAUCUUGCUGCCUCCUACUGGAACUCCUCUUACUGGAAUUGAUUUUGUGAAACGCUUGCCUUGUGGAGAUGUAGAAAGAACGCGUAGAGCAAUCCGAGUAUUCUUUAUGUUACGAUCACUGUCACUGCAUCUUAGAAGAGAACCAGAAACUCGGCUACCUUUGACAAGAGAGGAAGAUCUAAUAAAAACAGAUGAUGUUUUAGACUUAAAUAACAGUGAUUUAAUUGCUUGCACUGUAAUAUCAAAGGAUGGGGAACAGGUGCAAAGAUUUUUGGCAGUUGAUAUCUACCAGAUGAGCUUGGUGGAGCCAGACAGCAAAAGACUUGGCUGGGGCGUUGUAAAAUUUGCAGGUUUAUUGCAGGAUAUGCAAGUAACAGGUGUAGAAGAUGACAGCAGAGCCUUAAAUAUUACCAUCCACAAGCCAGCUUCAACUCCUCACGCAAAGCCAUUCCCCAUCCUCCAGGCUACAUUUAUCUUCUCUGAUCACAUCCGAUGUAUAAUAGCCAAACAGAGACUUGCUAAAGGACGGAUUCAAGCACGGCGUAUGAAAAUGCAAAGAAUAUCUGCUCUUCUGGACCUCCCUGUGCAAUCAUCUACAGAAGGGAUUGGUUUUGGACACACCUCCACAACAACCAGCCAACACUUGCCUUUCCGGUUUUAUGAACAGUCUCGACGCGGUAUGAGCGAUGUGACAGUACAACGUUCAGUUUUUGCAUCAGUUGAUAAAGUACCAGGCUUUGCAGUAGCCCAAUCUAUAGACCAACAGGUUAUAUCACCACCAGCUUCAUCUCCUUCAUCUAAUGGUAGCCCCAGCGGAAGUACUGGGGCAUGUGACUCUUUAACAACGAGCUUAACAUCAACACCCUCAACAGUACAGAGCCCAUCAGGUCUGGCAAGAAAGGAAGACGGCGAGUCUUUAGUCUAUCGGAGGCAGACAGUCAUGGCGGACACUGGGUUUAAGCUCUCAAACAGCAGCUGUGUGAAUGAUAGUUCAAUUUCUGACCAGCCUCACCUGACAAUCUGUGAUCAAGCGGAGUCCAGCAAGGAAAGCUUCAAAACAAGAAGUUCCUUAAAACUGUCUGAUGUGGAAACCCCAAACUUAGCACCAAGUCUGACUCCUGCAACCCAGCCAACUAUUUCUUUGAUAUCAGAUGAAAAUGCAGAUGCCCUGAGUGUGGAAUGCCUUACUUUAGUUCCUCCUAUUGAUCCUCAUAGCAUCCAUACUUUCAGAUCCACAUUCCAAGCUUCCGUGGAAUCUGAAAGUUCUCACCAAGCAGUGAGUGAAACUGAUUCUGAUGGACAGUGAUUACAGAGAUACAUUGCCAUAGUUUUAGUUUCAAAGCCUCUUGCUGAAAGCCAUAGCAUUCAGAUGAACGAUUGUGCGACUACCACAUCCAAAUAACCCCAUUCGGAAAGUUAUUAUUUAUUACAAUAUUCCAAAAGAUGUCUUCUUGUUUCUACCACAAUUAAUGUACAAGUCAACCUUCCAUGAAGUAAAGGCUACUAGUUUGCCGCUGUAAAUGCUUUAACAUGACUGCCUCAUAUUUAUAGCUUUGGAGUUGGGUAGUAUGACUGAAAUUGUUAGCCAUUUUAAAACUUGAGUGGGGGUGAAUAUGUACAGAAAUAAUCUCAUUUUAUUUUGUUUACUGUAUCCUGUUGUUUUCAGUGUAAUUUCUUCUCCAUCAGUUCCCCUUCUCCAGUUUAACAGAAGAGGCAUCACUAUGAAGAAAUUUGCACUAUUGGACGUUUUAACCCACCCCUCAUUUUUAUAACCUCAACAUUCAUGUUCGUUUUUUGGUUGUAUUUUUAUUUUUUGUGUA